UGUGUGUGUGUGUGUGUGUGUGUGUGCGCGUGUGUGUGUGUGUGUGUGUGUGUGUGCGCGUGAGGGAGACAGAGGGAUGUUGGCGCCGGGAGAGUGCGGUUUUUCCAGCGAGGAGGUGCUGAGCGCGCGCUUCCCGCUGCACCGCGCGUGCCGUGACGGCGACGUGCACGCGCUCGGCGCGUUGCUACACGGCGGCGCGCCCCGGGCAGAGCUGCUCACCGAGGACUCCUUCUACGGCUGGACACCCAUACACUGGGCCGCCUACUUCGGCAGGCUGGAGUGUGCAGUGCAGCUGGUGGAGGCGGGUUGUGACGUGAACUCCUCGACGUCACGUUUCGCGCAGACCCCGGCUCACAUCGCGGCGUUCGGCGGGCACUCGCAGUGUCUAAUGUGGCUCCUGCGGGCCGGCGCUGAACUCGACAGGCAGGACUACGUUGGAGAAACCCCCGUUCACAAGGCCGCUCGAGCGGGUAGUGUCGAUUGCAUUAACGCUCUCCUGAUCCAGGGGGCGAAAGCUGACUUGAGGAACGCUAGUGGACUGACCGGAGCUGACCUAGCCCGUGCCCAGGGUUUCCCAGAGUGCGCUCAACUGCUGUCCAACGCCCUCAACCAGCAGCAGUUUGGACGUUUCCUUGCCGCCUCCACCUGUAACUCUGUGGAGCAGAGGCGUGGCUUCCUUAACAGCACACCCAGUAGAAAGCGCUCGCUCGAUUGCAUCCAGUCCGGUCAGCUUAAAAAGGCCAGAACCAGUGAUCUGGACCUUCAAAUGAUGAUGAUGAACGAGAUGAACGGCUCUGGCGGGAAGAACCCGAUGGACACCGGGCACGCCGGGCUCGGACCGGUGGCGAACAGCACCACAGGUGGGAACGGAUCCAUAACCCUCCCAUUUGCUCCCGUUGGCUUUGUGGAGCAAGACGAUGGGCUGCAGAUGGAGGAUUCCUCGACCUCGGCUCCUAAAGAGAUGGAGAUCUUCACCGUGGCUGCAAUGCAGAUACCCUGCCGCUGCACUAACUCCUAUGCAUACCUGUAGUGGCCUUGGAGCUGUGCGUGUGCUCGUGCGCGUGUGUGUAACACUUCUGCUAAAAGGGAAAAAUGGGUUCUUUUUAUUUUCAUUGUAUUUUUUCUAUUUUACAAUCGUCAGUCCCGCACACACGAAUGAGUAUUGAGAGAAAGACAUUGUAAAACACACACCUAAUUCUGACACAAACCAGACGAGCUGAUCAAAGAGUACAAACGUAUCGGUGCUCUACAAAAAGACUCGAGGCUUCUUUAAGCUUCAUUAACCCAGAACGCCAAUAAAACUAAUAGCACCCAUUAACUGUGUAGGAGACCAUAGGAGGCGCUCUUUCACCUUCAAGUUCCCAUUUAGUUGUAUUUUGUGGGCGUGGCUAUUCGUAAAUACAGAGAACUUGGGUUUUAAUGACAAAUUCUCUUUAGCAGAACAUCUGUAUCUUUUUUUGCUUUUUUAUAAGUCUGUGUGUGAGGAAAAUGUGUGCUUUUAUAGCUUUAAUCGUCAUGUAAUUCAUAUACAGUAUAUAUAUAUAUAUUCCUAUAUAAGGCUAAUUCCAGAUUGUUCCACAAGGUCAUAAUAAUAGAUGAUUUGUAUGUGAGCAUGAGGUUCAAAUGGUAGAUAAAUAUUUGGUACCAUUAAUGUGUGUGUGUGUGUGUGUGUGUGUGUGUGUGUGUGUGUGUGUGUGUGUGUGAGAGUGUCAUAUUUAAUGAACUCUGUUUUCUCAUUAAAAUGUCUCAGCCUGGUGUGGGACACUUUACACCCCU